GGGUGCAGUGCAAGCAGCAGUGUCAGGAAGUUGCUGCUGGUCCGUUCCUGUGCCCGGGGGAAGUGCUGAGGCCGAAGCAGUCGCUGCUGUUGGAGUCGGGGGGGCCGGGCCGGGCAGCGCCGCACGAGCUGGAGGCUCUGUCCCUGGGCAGCUGCAGCCGCGUGAGUAGCCAGCAGCUAUGGUCAAAUAACUUGAUCACUGGCCCUGGGAGAGAUCCAUUUGAUCAACAGGAAGAUCACAAUUCUGAAGGAGGAAAAAAAACAAAACAAAACAAAACAAAAAAGACAGCCCUCAGCCAAGACUGACACUGGAGGCCAAGUAUUUUAAGACGUAGAGGCCCACUGAUGGGCACAAAGAUGAGUGUGGCAUGGUUUUGCACACAUUCAAGCAAUGUGUGUGUGUGCAGACAGAGGAUUAGCCAUUUGCAAUCCAUUGUUCUAUGUGUAUUUGUGGGAGUUGCAUACACAAGUAGACUUGCAGUUCUGUGCAGAACUUGGAUAAUUUAUCAAAAUUUGUCCCUGAAAAUAAAACCCAUGACUGAAACUCAUCUGUAUUGUUCAGAAGUGGUUACUGAAAUUCUAUGGCUUUCUGUGCAUUAUAUAUGCUUUUAUUAUGCUCUUGAGUGGUCUUCUAGAUAACGUUAUCCUCUACUUAUUGCAAUCAAAGUGAUAGGAAUGGAGAUUCAGAUUAAGCAAGAGGUAGCGUAAAUGUCAUUUGUUAAUGGCAAAAUAGGCAUGUCUAUAUAUUUAACCUAUGCUUUCCUUUAACAGAAAGCAUAAGCCUCAAACCUAUGUAGAUUAUUUGCUAGCCAAGCUAUUAUUAACAGUGACUGAGAAACUUUUCUAAUAAAAUCUGACUUCCAAUCUGUAGAGGAUAUUGAGAAUUCAGAAAAUAUCUUCAAAAAGAAAGGAGGACAAUGGGAAACAAAAUUCUUUAGGAAUCCCCCUCUGCAGUAGAAUGGAUAACUUCACUCUAAAGUUUUCUUUGAUAGCUCAAAUGAAGCUGUUUAAAAUGUGCUUUUAAACUCAUAAAUCCUACUUUAUGAUAACUAGCCAUUAUAUACAAGAUUGCAAGUCUUUCAGAAAGACAGCUGUGUUUCACAGCUAUUACAGCAAUAUACUGUAUGUCAGUAUGCUUUGAAUUUGGAAUAUAUAUCUGGUCAAAGUCAAGAAUGUUGACAAUAUAUUUUAGGGGUGUAAUUCCAUUGUCUGCAACUAAACAUAAGUCCCUGUGCAUUACCAUGAAAUAUUAUCUUUAAUCUCACCUAGGAUGGAGUGCUGUAGGACUGUAGCAUUUUUUUAAAGUAUUAUAAUUAAGGGCAGGAGGAAGAGAUGUGGGAGAUUGUGCUGAUAGUUUAUUCUCAGAACAUUUUCUGUAACAGCGUGCACAGAUUUUGUAACAUUCCCCCAUUGAAGUGAAUAUUAAAAUGGUGUUACAGAAUAUGCUUAUAAUGAAUGAAUUCUGACAUGAAAAAUUGGUUUUUCUGUGAAGACUUUUUUUUUUUAAAAGUAUGCCAUGUGCCCUUGAAAAAAGUAGUACUUCAAGACUUAUGAACUGCAGUAUGUUUAGGAUCUUUUAGCUUGUUUAGAAUUCCAGAAAAAAUACUCCACCCCUACUAUUUAUUAAUCUUCUGUCUGAAAAGGAAAGAGCACUCUACCAAGCCUAACAUGCAAUACCCUUGUUAAUCCAGUACCACAUAUGUUUUGAGCCAAGACUAACAGUCAUGACAUCAUUUAGGGAUCAAAUAAUGGGUCACUGGCAAGACUUUAAAUAUGUACUCACAAAUGGUCAAUUGGCAAGUUCCUUUCAUGAGCAGAGGCAUCAGCAAAGUGAACCUGAUAAGUCUGAGCUAGGUGUGAAUGAGGAACUCCAGAAGAAAGGCUAUUCUAAUCCAGCACCCAGAUGAGCCACUAGUCUGUUUUCUUACAUUCAACGACUGCAUGUUUUCCUCACUGCUUAGAUAGCAUCUUCUUCCUGACUUCUGAUCUUUUUACCACAUUCAGCAUGUGGAUCUAGAUUUCCAGGCUGAAGAUCAAAUGGAGAAUAAGAUAAAAGAUGCUUUGGUUUGAGAGUACGGCAAAGCAGCUAGUAAAAUAUUCUUCUAGGCCACUAUGGAGACGACUAUGUGCAGCCACUACAAAUACACCAGUAUUAACUUUGUUCACCAAGAAGCCAUGCCCUCUGUGUGAUGAAGCAAAAGAAGUGCUUGAGCCAUAUAAAAACAGGUUUAUUUUGCAGGAAGUGGAUAUCACCCUUCCAGAGAAUGCAGUGUGGUAUGACAAAUAUAAGUAUGACAUACCUGUCUUCCAUUUAAAUGGGCAGUUCCUAAUAAAGCAUCGGGUAGAUGUUAAAAAAUUUGAGAACCAGCUUGUGAAGCUAGAGUUUCAAAAUGAUGAAAACCAAUGAAGGAAAUGCAGCUAUUCUGAGACUGGACUGAAGGGAUUUUGAACAAAUGGUUUGAAACUGUUGCAUACAUUAUGAAACCACAUUUUCUUUGGUAUGGAAUGUGCAUAUUUAACAUUCAAAUUUUAGUUAUUUGAUUUAUAUUCCAUUUUGUAGUAAUGAUGAAGCCCAUCUGCCUGAAUAGCAACUCAUAUUCAUCUGCUAUCCUAGAUGGUUUUGUUUUUCAAUGGGAGAGUAAGUGCUAUUCCACAGCAGCAGAUAAAAUGAAAUACACUUUCAGAUCAUUAAUAUACCCUGCACUGACAAUAAAGGAAUGUUUAAGUUA